GCUGCCUUUGUGUCACGUGAUCGGCGGCGAGGUUUUCGUCGUGCAUGGUGGUCUACCCAUGGACUCAAUCGUCACGUUAGCCGACAUCAACUCGGUCGACAGGCGCCAUGACGUUCCGAUCAAGCACUGCGCGCUGAUGGGGUACCCAAAGGGCCAAAAGGUGAUCGCAAAGAAG